AUGGAAAAUUCUCUGGAAGAGGCGAUCUCGCCAACAGCCAUCACAAGCCCCAUCAGUCGAUUAAACGCCUCGUCAGAGGCAGAUGCCGAUGGCACCUCUCCGUCUUCACGGCCAAGCGAGAAUAAACUCAGUUCAACAUCGACUUCAUCAACACAAGGUUCCGAGACGGCACUCGUAUUGGCCUGUCCUGAUUGCCCAGAUAAGCCUACCUUUAAACACAGGCAUCAGUACAACCGCCAUAGGAAAAGCCACGAUCGGCCUGCCAAAUGUAAGAUUGGCGAAUGUCGGCAAAGUUUUGCCUGGAAACGAGAUUUGGAGCGCCACAUUGCUUCAAAGCAUCCACAGGCUACUCGUCAUGCCAAAUUCUUCUGCCCAUAUCCCAGUUGCGAUCGAGCACGAGAUGGGACACGAGGUGGAUUUCCUCGGAACGAUACAUUGACUAGACAUCUAAGGACACACGAGAAGAGAGGUUGA